AUGACGGAAGAAGGUCCGCGUAUCGACGAGCACUUUGACCGUAUUCGUGCAAACCUAAUUCGAUGUGAAGAAUGCAAUGAAAACUUUUUCUUUGAUUUCUUGCGUCAUCCACGAUAUUUUGUGACGCAUUUUAAAACUUGUCAUCUUAAAAAGGUCUUGUACCGUUUUAAUGGGUGUUCAGAGGAAGAAAACCAGCGUGUACGUUUUGGACCUCGACGUAAAAAAGAUGCUAUUUCGUGGUUUAGUCAGCUCAAAUCCACCGAGAAAAGAAUGAUUUCAAUGCAAGAUAAUAAAUGGGGCGAGAUUGUUGAACGAGAAUGUUGGUCCUGUCGAUUAUGCAAACAUGGUCGGAAAACAAGUGAGAUGCCACACGCCUUUGAACCGAAUGAAUUGGGUCGUCGUCAAGCUUUAUUACAUCUGCGACAAUUCCAUGAAACUGCAUACAAUGGUUUUCUCUGUAUGCUGCCAGCUGUGGGGAGAUCUUCGAGUUGUCAAUUCCAAGAAUUUCCUACAAAUAUCAGGCCAACAAUAGCCAUGGAACAAGUAUCAGGGUCUGGAGUGGACGUCAUUUCCAACAUGAUCAUGCAAAAUGAAAAUCACGGGACGUUGUCGUUCGUUUCGACGUUAAAACAAUCAGCUGAUGCUGAUCGGAGUCGACUUCGUCGGAUGCGAGCUACUCCAGAAGCUAAAAAAGCUGAAGCGGAGCGUAGUAGACGUCGACGAGAGCAAUUAACGCCCGCUCAACGGCAAGCAGAUGUGGAAAGACGGGUCCGAAAACGACAUCGAAUUGAAGAACAGGAACGAAGUCGAGCACGUCGAGCUAACCUGAACCCAGAUGCUCGAGAACGAGAAGUCAUACGGUCCCGUGAACGUCGCCAGAAUGCAACCGAGCAACAACGCAAUCGAGAGGCCCAAAGAAGCCGCAUGCGACGUCAAAAUGCAACAGAAGAGCAGCGUCUGCGUGAACGGGAACGCUGUCGCCGUCGAUACGAGACGCAAAAGCUGCAAAAACAGGUUGCUGAAAAAGCUGGUGCGUUGUCUGAUGUGGAGACACAGCAAAGCACAAUCGGUACUUUGGCUGCAGACACCACUGCGACCUUACCUGACAGAAGUGACCAGAAGACGCCACUGCCAAGGACUCGAGUGAUGCCAAGGGAUCUUGAACGACGGAACCGACUUUUAUUGCAGCAACAAGCUGGACUUGGAUUGCAGAUUCAAUCGCUCUACGCCUCAUUAUCGCGUUCUCCGUCAUCCCAGAUUGAUCUUUGA